AUGCCUUCUCUACAGGCUGGCUAUGCGCCGAAUCUGGGCUUCUAUUUGAAGUCUUUGAAGGCACAGCCAGUAGAGUCGUCCAUUGAGAACUUGAUUUCACUUCUCAAACGCAGACAGAUCACAAAUUCGAGACCUUGUGCGGUGGCUACAGCGCAUCUACUUCUCCAAGUAGUCGCUAAAUUCAGGUGGACCAACAUCGACAAGCUCAUUGAGCGGAUACAGGAUGUUGGCCGACGACUCAUCGAGGCUCAGCCAAGGGAGAUGGUGGUGGGGAACAUAGUUCGUCGAGUUUUGGGCAUGGUUAGAGAUGAAGCCAAGGAGGAACGAAACGAUGAUGCCAGCGAUUCCGCAUCAAAUAGUCAGAUGGGCUCCCCCCGCCAAGAACAUAUCGACCAAGGAGCCUCACAUUUGGGAGGACCACCUCCAAAUUUCAGUCCCCUUAGAUACAGUACUACCGAUGACUCGGAUUCUACAGAGGCAAAUGGUGACGACGUGUUCGGAGGAAAGACUCAAGCGGCUUCUCGCCCUCCCUUAAUCACAUCUCAUACUUCAUAUGCUCCAGCAGGUGGACUUCCACCACAGAAGUCGAUGUUCCAACUACUAUCUGCCAAUCCGUCGCCGGCGUCAUCUCCUUCAGGCGCGCAGUCUCCUCAUAACACAUCAAACCUCAAUGCUACCUCCCUGUCUCACAGGUUAACAACAUCGACGAAAGAUUUGAAGGCAGAGGUUAUUGAAGGCAUCGAAGAGAUCGUCGAUGAACUUGACCAAGCGGACGAUAGAAUCGCUGCGCAGUCUCUAGAGUACAUCCACUCCAACGAGGUCAUACUGACGCAUUCGUCAUCAAGGAGUGUUCAGAAGUUCUUGUUGGAGGCUGCCAAGAAGAGGAAGUUUACUGUCAUCAUUGCAGAGUCGUACCCAAAUGAUCACGAGGCAACCCACAAAUCAGUCACUAGGUCUAUCAAAACAGACGCCGAGGGUACGGAUGAGCUGACUACGCCGAAGUUUUCAAAGUCUCUUUCUGACGCUGGGAUUACCGUCAUCCUUAUGACCGAUGCUACCAUUUUUGCGAUCAUGUCGAGAGUAAACAAGGUCAUCUUGGCAACUCAUGCAGUCAUUGCAAAUGGUGGCCUAAUUGCGGCUGCCGGCGCGCGUAUUAUUGCAAAAGCUGCCAGAGUGCACAGAACUCCUGUGAUUGUGGUUAGUGGGGUCUAUAAGCUCAGUCCGCAGUACCCUUUCGAAUUCGAAUCUUUGAUCGAGUAUGGCGAUCCUGGAAACAUUGUAAGAUAUCAGGAUGGUGCUUUGGUAGAAAACCUUGAGGUCGAUAAUCCUGUCUAUGACUACGUACCUCCUGACUUGGUGGAUCUCUAUAUCACCAAUAUAGGAGCACAUGCGCCGUCAUACCUUUACAGAAUCGUCGCCGACCAUUACAAGACCGAAGACAUCAAUUUCGAUAAGCCAGAACUCCAAUGA